AUGAUGUCUUCUUGUCUCUUGGUUUCCAUCAUUGCCUCGUUCUGGAUCAGAGGUACCCUCACAUUAAAGAGGUCUUUUCAGCUGCGUCUCUGUCUUUGAUUAACAUUUAUCUUCCACUGUGUCUCUGUCUCCAGGAGUCUCUCUCAGUAAAGACAAACAAGUGUCUCAGACUCCAUCCAACCUUCUCAUGAAAGCCGACGGUGAAGUCAAGAUGAGCUUCAGCCAUCAGAUCCAGCUCUAUGACACCGUCCUCUGGUAUCGGCGCUCCUCGGGGAACACUUCCCUGGAGCUGAUCGCCUACGUGAGAUAUGAAAGUCCUUAUGUCGAGUUGCCGUUUCAAAGCCACUUCGAGGUGAGCGGGGACGGAGAGAAAGAGGCUCAUCUCCUCAUCAAGAACCUGAGACACCCUGAACACAGCGGCGAAUAUUUUGGAGCAGCUUGGAGGCACAGUCAUAAAAACAGGGACGCCUUCGUACAAAAACUCUGA